UCACACUGCCAGAGAAAGUCAGUUAUGUUUCAAAUACAUUGUUGAUCCACAAUGACCAACAUUCAUAUCAUCUGGAUGGCUCUUAUCAAAACAUACAAAAGAGCGAAAGUACAGCUGCAGUAUCUAGUGAUCAGCAUGUUACCAAUCAUACAAGCACCCAAAAUAUUCAACUUGCACCAACCUUUAAUUCCAAUACCAAAUCAUACAUUGCUACGAACACAGACAAAGGUAAUCCUAUAAAUGAAAUAGUUAUGCAGGAGUCAAAAGUCCAUGGAAACUCAACUUUAUCACAGGACAGUAACCUUCAGAGUUACAUUUCCAUAAUAAAGUCACACAGUUCUGGUCUGCAGGGUUGCAUAAACACAAAACAACAAACGCAUGCACAAUAUCAAGGAUGCACAGAAACAGGACACAGCGGUGCCCACUCAUCAGUCAAAACAACCAAUGAGGCAAACUCAAAUACAGAGCAAUUUCCCUCGGGUGCACCAGCGAGGCAUGCAAAUAUUAAACAUACAUCCAGUGCAGGUAAACAGACCCAUCCGAAUUGCUCAACACCCCUAGUUGUAGCACAAACAAACUGUGAGCCCAUUAUCGCAUCACAGCCAAACACUACUGCGCAUAUCAACCCAAUCUCCAAAUCUUCAGGACACCUAAACUGUGACUCAGAUAUAUCAUCAUCACAAACACACACAGGCCCAAAGCUCUCAGUCAUGUCCCAGGCCCUAUUGAACACAAAUAAAGAGCUUUGCACACACACAGAACCCAAGUGUAAUUCUAUAAUGCCAGCAUCAACAAUGCAUUUGGCAUCCCUCCGAUCCCAUGAGACACACACAACUGUGAGCCCAGAUUCACAGUUUAGUCCCGCCACCCUCCAGCUCUGCACGGCGGACCCUAGCCAGGCUCACUCCCACCCAGCAGAUGCAGCCCUGUUGUUGCCUCCUUCCCCUGAAUGCUGCAAAUCUGCAGCCCUCCAGCAGAGGCUGGAGGCUGUGGAGGCCAGCCUCACAGCCAACAAGGACAGGAUCACUACCCUGCUCAACAUUAUCCAGGAUCUGGAGAUGUGCCAUGCUCCCACCAAUGGUUGGCGAUGCUACAAAACAGGACAGGACCUCAAAAACUGCCCGACCUGCCAGAAGACCGCUUGUAUAGUCUAUAGUGUCGAGUAUGACUUCAGGCAGCAGGAGAGGCGCUUCUUGGAGGUUCUGAAUCAUCCAGCAAGUGAGAAUAAUGCUUUCCCCCUCCCCUUGUCCCAACCCCAAAACAUUACCCUGCUCAGGGAUGCCAUUCUUAAGAACGUAACCAAGUCUAAGGUCAAAAGCAAAAAGUUGUGCAAGACUUUAUUCAAAUGGCUACCCCGGAAAAUUCAACAGAUGUAAUGCUCUUGACGUUACCUCUGCGCCAUUUAAAAAGCCAACAGCAUGUUUUACAGUUACAGGAGCAAUCUUCACAGAGAACUCUUAUCAUUUCCUUCCCAUCUAUAAAAUGGGACUGUGCUGAAUAUGCUCUUAGCCAAUAGGCUUCAACUCUCUAGCCCUUUCUCACAGCUUGUAAGCAAAUUUUGUACUUAUAUUUUCCUCCAAUCUUUGUGACUCCCACAUCCUCUAUCAUCCAUAAGGUAUUUUCAUUACUGAAAGUUACUGGUAUUUUUGUCAACAUACUCUUUUAGCAUAAUUAAAGCUUCAGUGAACUCUGUCUCAUCAUAGCCACUGAUUGUCCUACUCAGUUGUACAUAUGAAGUUCUUGAAACAUUUCAUUCUAUUUUCACUGGUAUGAAUUAUGCAAUAUUGGUUCCAGGUAAUAUAUUAGCAUUUCCCUUGAAUUGCCUUAGAUGCUUCCCCCAGAAUAAUGUAUAAAAAAAUCAUUUUUGAAUGGAAGAA